UUGGAUCAAAUGAUCAAUUAUUCUUAAUUAAACCGACCAAAUCGGACAUAACCCGGCCAAACCAAAAACUCAUAUCAGCUUAAACCCUAAGUUAAACCCCGAACUCACAAGCAUUUCCCAGACAGAGCGCGCCAGGGUGCGAGGGGUAUGGAGAUUGACAGAGCUGAUGGCCGAACGGCGAACCAGCUCAGACAGCUGGCUUGCUCCCGUGGCAUCCUCAACCGCGCCCAUGGCUCCGCCAGUUGGUCCCAAGGAGAGACGCAAGUUCUGGCUGCAGUGUAUGGGCCCAAGGCCGGGACAAAAAAGAACGAAAACCCAGAAAAGGCGUGCAUUGAAGUCAUCUGGAAACCGAAAACAGGGCAGAUAGGGAAGCAGGAAAAAGAGAAUGAGAUGAUAGUGAAGAGGACAGUGCAGAGCAUUUGCCUUUUGAGUGUUCAUCCAAAUACUACAACAUCAGUUAUCAUUCAGGUUGUUAAUGAUGAUGGAGCACUUCUUCCAUGCGCAAUUAAUGCAGCGUGUGCUGCUCUUGUAGAUGCAGGGAUUCCUUUGAAGCACCUAGCUGUUGCAAUUUGUUGCUGCUUGACAGAGAGUAAAAACGUUCUACUUGAUCCUAACACAUCGGAAGAGAAGCAAAUGAAGGCAUCUGUAUAUCUAGUCUUCCCAAACUCCCUUCAUUCAAUUCUCCCCAAAGAAGAAUCAUCACAGAUGACGGGAGGUGGUGAACCGUUGGAAUAUGGGAUUAUAACAUCUGUAACGCAUGGCACAUUGAAAGUUGAGGAUUACCUUCGGUGUUUGAAGCGAGGGCGGGCUGCCAGCUCCAAGUUAUCUGAUUAUUUGAGAAGAAGCUUCCAGCCAAACUGAACCAUCUUCUAAACUGGUCAGAGGCCGAGGGUGUCACCCAACUAAUGAUGGUGGCAAAUGCAAAUAAUGGUUUCAUUCAUCAUGUUUAGGGUAAGGAUUGACAGUAGAAGAAGAUAAGACAGCGGCCUUGAGUUGUUUAUGUUUGGGAUAAGGGUCAGAUAGGGUCUCGAACUUGGGAAAAAAUGUCAAAUAAGGCCAUAUUUAGGAUGCUCGGUCCGGCUGAUGCCAUUUGGGGCGGUUUCCGGUGGAAUUUUUUGAUGAUUUUUUUUGAGAAUCUUAUUCAUUAAGUCUAGUUUAUUCAUAUCAAAUUUGAACUAAAACUUCAAUUGAGAAGAAAUGCAUUCAAAUGAAUUCUUGAAGAUAACUGCUCUUUUAACUACGCAUUUAUCUUCAAGAAUUCAUUUGUAUGCCUUUCCGAUUGAAGUUUUAGUUCAAAUUUGAUAUGAGUAAACUAGACUUAAUGAAUAAGAUUCUAAAAAAAUUUCAUCAAAAAUUUCCAUCGGGAACCGUCCCAAAUGGCGUCGGCCGGACAGAGCAUCCUAAAUAUGGCCUUAUUUGACAUUUUUUCUCAAGUUUGAGGCCCUAUCUGACCCUUAUCCCUUUAUGUUUCCUUUGAAGUCUGAUCUUUUGUUUUUAUAGUUAUGUUAAAAAGGUUAUUUUCUUUUUGUUCCUUAACAGUAUACACCCCUGAACUCUUUUAGAGGCUGGAAUUUGUUGUAAUUUUGAACCACUAACAUGAUGUUUUUUAAAAUAUUUUUAGUUUCAUUACUCCAUCCAUCCCGG